CUUCCCUUAGGUCCGCGAUCUCUCCGAUACCUGUGACAGCAGCAGCGUCCCCCGCUCCCUAGCCCACCUUGUCCUCCGCCAAGCUUCCCCCCCUUCCCCGGCACCUACCGUGGGGGACCGCAAAUGCUCCCCACCCGCUCUCUCCGCCUCCUUCCCCACUAGCAGCAGCAGCAGCAGCAGCCCCGCUUGCCUUGAGCGGCCGAGCCGUCCCCUCCCCUCCUCGGCGCGCCAUGUCGAGCGAGGAGAGCUACCUGGCCAUCCUGCGCUACCUGACCAACGAGCGCGAGCCCUACGCGCCGGGCACCGAAGGCAACGCCAAGCGCAAGAUCCGCAAGGCCGCCGCCUGCUACGUCGUCCGCGGCGGCACCCUCUACUACCAGCGCCGGCAGCGGCACCAGCGGCGCUUCGCCGAGCUCGAGGUGGUCCUGCAGGCCGAGCGCCGCGCCCGCCUCAUCCGGGCUGCGCACCUGGACGCCGACGGCACCCACCGGACUCGCCUGCAGACAUGGCAGCGCCUCUCCCGGCGCUACUGGUGGCGAGGUAUUCUAAAGCAAGUCAAAGAUUACAUUAAAGAAUGUAGCAAGUGCCAAGAAAAAUUAGAUCGUUCCAGAUCCUUGUCAGAUCCUUCUGAAAUGCUGGAAGAACUUGGAUUAGACACAGCUCUGCACGAAGACAGUAAUGAAACAGAUGAUGAAUUAAGUAACUCUGCAUCACUUCCAGCUGCAUCACCAAAGCCUGUGAAAAAGAAGCCAAUAGCCAAACAUGAGCUUGUAUUUGUUGAUAGUAAAGGCCUUGUGAAACAGUCUUCUUCAAAGCAUUCUCAGUCAGUCUUGAAUCAGCUGAAUCAACAACGGCUAUCCAAUCAAUUCUGUGAUGUUACUUUGCUCAUUGAAGGAGAAGUAUACAAAGCACACAAAUCUGUUUUGGCAGCUAAUAGUGAGUACUUCAGAGAACUCUUUAUCGAAAAGGGAGCUGUUUCCAGUCAUGAAGCUGUAGUGGAUCUUUCAGGGUUUUGCAAGGCCAGUUUCCUGCCUUUACUGGAAUUUGCUUAUACCUCAGAGUUGACUUUUGAUUUCUGUAACAUGGCAGAAUUAGCAGUGCUGGCUCGACAUCUCUUCAUGACAGAAGUCCUAGAAAUCUGUGAAAAUGUGCACAAACAAAUGGAAGAUAAACAAAUCACAGUGUACCAGAAAGGGGAUGUUCAGGUAGUUGAGGUAGCACAGAAUCUUUUAGCGCCAACUGAAAACGGGGCUAACGCUGCAGACGGGACUGAGCAGCCUUCACCCACAGAAGAUGCAGUUGCAACCGUGAAUGGAGCAUAUUCAAGCACUGAAGUGGAAGAGCUGACUGAGUCAGAGGCUGUCCUGCAAACUGCACCAGAACCCCCUGUGGACGAUGCUCCAAAGCCUGAGGUGCAUUCUACUGCUACAGAGACAGCUGAAAGCAAUGUAAAAGCCCCAGCAGAGGAAGUCAUCACAGAUCAGAGUGUAUCUGUGGAGCAGUCUGAGUCUUCAGCAGUGGAGCAAGAAGUCAUCAGCACUCCAGCAGAAACUGAGGCUGAUAAAAAUGUAAGCGGUGAACAAAACACAAGCGGUGAAUUAACUGCAGAGGCUGCUGCUGAAGAUUCCCAGGAAGGAUUUAAACGGAAACGCGGUAGGCCAUGUAAAACACAGAGCACUCCAUUGUCUCAGUCAGAGAUCUCCGUUUCCAUUCAAGAUGACACUUACAAAAGCAAGCUUCGCCAACGGUCUGUUAGUGAAGGUGGCUAUAUCAAAUUGCACAAGGGCGUUGAGAAAAAACUACAGAAUAGAAAGCCAGCCACCAAAUCAGCCAUCCAACAGGUUGCCAUGAAGCUAGUACAAAGAGGCAAAAAGAUGAAGCAGCCCAAGAGAGAUACUGUGGAGCACAAUGAGGCAGAAGCACAGCACAAAUGCAGUGAAUGUGGAAUGAUUUUUCAGAGACGUUAUGCCCUUAUAAUGCACACAUUGAAGCAUGAAAGGACGAAAAAUUAUAAAUGUCCACUAUGUAAAAAAGAGUUCCAGUAUGGUGCCUCAUUACGAGCUCACCUUGUUCGUCAUACUCGGAAAAACGAAGUGACUGUUGCAACUGCCAGUAUUGAAGAGAGUGGUGCAGCUGCAAAGGGCAGAACUAAACGGGAGUUUAUAUGUGAUAUAUGUGGAAGAAGUUUGCCUAAACUCUAUUCCUUGAGAAUUCAUAUGCUGAAACAUACAGGUGUAAAGCCACAUGCAUGUAAGAUUUGUGGCAAGUCAUUCACCUACAAGCAUGGUUUAAAGAUGCAUCUUGCACUCCAUGAGGCACAGAAGCAGUUUAAAUGUGAACUGUGUGACAAGUCUUUUGUCACAAAACGAAGCCUGCAGGAGCAUGUGAGCAUUCACACAGGAGAAUCAAAAUACUUCUGUCCACACUGUGGAAAAUCUUUCCAUAGAGCUUCAGGACUUAGUAAGCAUAUAAAGAAGCACCAGCCCAAACCUGAAAUCCGUGGAUAUCAAUGUACUCAGUGCAAUGUGUGUGGCAAAGAAUUCUAUGAGAAAGCUUUGUACAGACGGCAUGUCAAGAAAGCCACUCAUGGGAAGAAAGGGAGAGCAAAACAGAACUUGGAACGUAUUUGUGAACAUUGUGGGAGGAAAUUCACUCAACUUCGGGAGUACAGAAGACACAUGAAUAACCAUGAGGGAGUUAAGCCCUUCGAAUGUCUCACCUGUGGAGUAGCUUGGGCUGAUGCACGUUCUUUAAAGCGCCAUGUAAGGUCACAUACUGGAGAGCGGCCCUAUGUUUGUCCAGUGUGCAAUGAAGCCUACAUAGAUGCUCGUACCUUGAGGAAGCAUAUGACCAAGUUCCACCGGGAUUAUGUACCUUGUAAAAUUAUGCUGGAAAAGGACACACUUCAGUUUCAUAACCAGGGGACUCAAGUGGAGCAUGCCAUCAGUAUUUUGACGUCUGAUGCAGCAGAACAAGAAACAGAAAUGUGUGAUGAACAGAUUGAGACAGUUGUAGUAACUGAAGAAACUCUUGAAGCUGUUGCAGCUACUGAAGAGUGUACAACAGUUUCCACUCUUUCUGACCAAAGUAUCAUGCAGGUAGUCAAUUACGUAUUGGCACAACAGCAAGGACAGAAAAUGACUGAGGUUACAGAAGCUAUUCAGACUGUAGAAGUAGAGGUAGAACAUGCUUCUGAUCAGGACUAAACAUAAGUGCUCUCUGAUGCAGAAGAGGAUGACCUGAAUGGAACAGCAUGCAGCUAUCAAAUUAUUACCAGUCAGAAUGAUUGGACUCGUAUAGAAAUAUAGUUCCAGAACCAUGUUCUGAGUUUCUUGGCUGUAUAAUACCAACUUCUGUAAUUAAAAGAAAUAUUGGAG